ACUACAAUUUAUUAUUGUGAGAAAUUUUAUUUAUAGGUAGUAUUUACAACUGCGCAUUUUUUGAAUCAAAGCUGCGCAUUCUUCAUUUGGAGUUACGCAUAAUGUGUUCAAACGCACGUAAAAAUAAGCUCUGGCUCAACGUUCCGACGGAAUAAAAGAUUGUCGCCGUGUUAUCGCACGUUAUCAGUGACAUAGAGCCGAAGUGCGUCAUACAGCAAUAUUACUACACGAGCCCAUGUAAUGUACAGAUACCAUAAGUGAUAUUACUAUAUUUAUUAUUUUACUGUUCGGGACGCGUACGGCAAUUAUUGGCCGGAGAACGACACGCAAGCGGAACGUCGGUUUUCGGCUGCGUGCAGGUACGCCGUAAAUCGGAAAUCGUCGAGACGACGACGUCUGCCGAGUCCCGCAGACUUCCAGUGCGUCAUCCCCACGCCCGUCGACAGAGUACCAGUCGUGUACGGUAACGGUGUCGAACGAAACCGUGCGGUCUAACGAGCACUCGAGGUCCGGUGGCUAACGGAAUUCUUGACCGGAAAAAUGGAUUCGUCUCCGAAAUGAACCGCGUCACACACGUCACAAGUUUUACAAUAGCCAUGGAUUUGAAUCGGUCUCAAGACAUUUACUACGACUAUUUGUUCACCAUCAAUCCGAUUGCGGAACGCAUUCGCAAGGAUGUAGAUGCCACAAAAGAUGCGUAUCAAUCACUGUGGCACGGGCUGAGCUCUGACGAGCAAAGUAAAAUCAUUGAAGAGUCCAUUAUCACCCCAGAAACUGUGUUGAAGUAUUCAAAGUAUAAAAAAUCAGAUGGAAAAGAAUUUGAAGGUGGAUUUUCAUGGUUCACACGUAGUCAGUUGGAUCUUUGCAAACAUGUGAAUAGUGUACGGGAAAACUUUUUUGCUAAUGAAUGCAAGCCUGCAGUUUUGAAACAAAUUCCAAGCAAAGAAUCUCAAGACAAUAAAGUUAUCAGUAAAGUUAAAUCAAAUGCACAACUGAAAUCAUUAAUACCAACUGAAGACAAAAGCAAAAUUGUCAAAAGUGACAAGGCAAAGCCUAAAGCUCCUCCUCCUCCGCCACCGCAACAAGUCCCAAGUACUAAACAAACUGUUCAACAGUAUACACCUUAUGUUUAUGAUAAUGAUGAUAUUAAUGAUGAUGCUAAUAUACCAAAGACAGGAUUUGAUUUCUUGGAUGAUUGGUAAUAAUUGAUGUGCUAUAUAUAUAAUGUUCUAAAGGAAAAAAUUGGUUGAACAAAUUUUAUUUUCUUGAAUUUCUUUAUAUGUUGUGUACUCAUAAUAUAAUUCUUUUUAAAUGCUUAUAAAUUAUAGUUAUUAAUCAGUAAUCA